CAGUAAUAGAAGAGAAAUCCCCUUUGGCAAAAUUCCCUCUCCCAGCAAAAACACGAUCAGGCCGAGGCAAGGGGUUAGCAUAGCCACCCAGUAAUCUAAUCGAUAAAUCAAUGAAUGAGAAAAAAUAGGUUUCUUUGACUAAUUCGAGAGGUAAUUCCAAGAUGCGUGGAGUUAAAAGGUAGUAUAGUUUCUAUAAUUAAUUCGAGAGCUGAUUCUCAGAUGUGUAGAGUUGAAAGUUAGUAUACUCUUUGCCGAUGGCUACUUCCGAAUCUAUUAUUCAAGCUCUAUCCGGGUCUUUAUUACCUCGCCUCCAUCAUUCUGAUCCAUGUACCAACAAUUCAAGCCCAGUGCAUGCUCUUAAACUCAACGUUAGUAAUACAAGGAAAUGGAGUAAAGUGUACGUGCAAGUCAACGGCUACUCGAGAAUGUUACAUAAUUGCAGGACCUAUGGAAGUCGACGGCUGUUUGAUGUUUUUCGUUGGAAGAAAGAUGCUAGUAGGUUGGAAUCUAUGGGUUGCAAGUGCCGACAGGCUGAAAUUUUUUGUGGGGGGAUGACAGAGGAUCAAAAUGAGACCCGGUCCAUGGGUGAAGCAAUUAGACCAAGAUCAGUUCCUGUCAAUGGGAUAAGCAGUGCAAUGGAUAUUGAAGAAUCUGAGGUGGGUAAACAAUUCAAACAUGAAAAGGGAGGUCCUUUUUCAGAUGGCAUGUCAACUGUAGCUGGAACAGUGAAAGACCACAAGUAUGGGGAAACUCUAGAAGAUGAAGCAUGGAACUUAUUGAGAGAUUCCAUUGUUUAUUAUUGUAACAAACCUAUUGGAACCAUUGCUGCUAAGGAUCCUGGCAACACUAGUAUUCUGAACUAUGAUCAGGUCUUUAUUCGGGAUUUCAUACCUUCCGGGAUAGCUUUCCUUUUAAAGGGAGAGUAUGAGAUUGUACGAAAUUUCAUUCUAUACACCCUUCAGUUGCAGAGCUGGGAGAAAACCAUGGAUUGCUAUAGUCCUGGUCAAGGGCUAAUGCCAGCCAGCUUCAAGGUGCGCACUGUUCCACUAGACCGUGAUGAAUCUGCAACUGAAGAAAUAUUAGAUCCUGACUUUGGUGAAGCAGCGAUUGGUCGAGUUGCACCAGUUGAUUCUGGACUGUGGUGGAUUAUACUGUUACGAGCGUAUGGAAAAAUUUCUGGAGAUUUAUCCGUGCAAGAGAGAAUUGAUGUGCAAACUGGGAUCAAAAUGAUUUUGAAGUUGUGUCUUGCUGAUGGUUUUGAUAUGUUUCCUACAUUAUUAGUGACUGAUGGUUCUUGCAUGAUAGAUCGUCGCAUGGGAAUUCAUGGCCAUCCUUUGGAGAUUCAGGCACUCUUUUAUUCAGCAUUACUUUCUGCACGUGAGAUGCUUGCCCCUGAUGAUGGAUCAGCCGACCUAAGACGGGCAAUAAAUAAUCGUCUAGUUGCUUUAUCAUUCCACAUAAGGGCAUAUUACUGGAUAGAUAUGAGAAAACUCAAUGUGAUCUACCGUUAUCAGACAGAGGAAUACUCCUAUGAUGCUGUUAACAAGUUCAACAUAUACCCAGAUCAGAUUCCAUCCUGGUUGGUGCAAUUUAUGCCCAGUAAAGGAGGCUAUUUGAUUGGAAAUCUGCAGCCUGCUCACAUGGACUUUCGUUUCUUUUCUCUUGGAAAUUUAUGGUCUAUCGUAAGCAGUCUUGCAACGUUGGAUCAGUCACAUGCCAUAUUGGACCUUAUAGAAGCAAAAUGGGAAGUAUUAGUUGCAGAGAUGCCAUUCAAAAUAUGUUAUCCUGCUCUGGAAGAUGUGGAAUGGAGAAUAAUCACCGGCAGUGAUCCCAAGAACACUCCUUGGUCUUAUCACAAUGGAGGUUCUUGGCCAACUUUGCUCUGGCAGCUCACUGUAGCAUGUAUAAAGAUGAAUAGACCAGAAAUCGCCUUGAAGGCUGUGAAUGUUGCUGAGAGACACAUUUCUGGAGAUAAGUGGCCUGAAUAUUACGACACCAAGCGAGCAAGAUUUAUUGGAAAACAGGCACGGCUAUAUCAAACCUGGUCAAUUGCAGGAUAUCUUGUGGCAAAGCUCCUCCUUGCCAACCCAAAUGCAGCAAAGAAUCUUGUAAACGAGGAGGAUCCAGAGCUUGCCAAUGCUUUUUCUUACAUGAUCAGUGCCAACCCAAAGAGGAAACGGGGUCUAAAGAGACAGGGCUUCAUAAUAUGAGUUCAAAUUUUGAAGUCAAGAGGGAGGAUUCAGAUGAGUGAGCUAUUUAUAAUUGGGCAAACAAAACACUUUUUGGUAUUUUCAUCCAAUACAGUUACGGUUGAAUAGUUUCUUUCUGGAAAAGAAAGGUUUUGUAUAGUGUUAAGCUCAAUAAACAACCUGUAAAAUGAUGUAGUCCUGCUGUUUUGGUUUGAAGACAUUGAUUUAUUGUGAUAAUUUGCAUGCUGACAGAUAGUAUUUGGUGAUUUAGAAAGACAUGUUCUAUACUA